CGGCUCUGAUGGAGCCAGAAGAGAUUUACGUUAACUUGGAGGAUCUGAAUCUGUCCAAACGACCCAACGGCGCCGCAGCAGCAGGAGGUAAACCAGUGGAAACUGUCUCUCUGGCUGUGAGGGAAACCAGAAGCUUCUGGCCUCUUAAAGCGGCCACGCUUGGUCUGGGUCUGCUCAGCUUCCUCCUGCUGACCUCGCUGGUGGCCGUCAGCGUCCUGUAUCAACGAGACUUCAGUCAGCUGAGCAGGAACCUGUCCAACCAGACGGCAGAGAGGAACCAGCUCCUGAUGAGGCACCAGAACCUGACCCAUGAGAGGGAUCAGUUAGACGUCCGCUUAAAGACGGCAGAGCUUCAUCUGGACCAAAUGAGCAGGAAUUCUGUGGCGUGUCCUGCUGGAUGGAGGAUGUUUGGCUGCAGCUGUUACCUUCUGUCUUCGUCGAGGAGCAUCUGGGAGAGCAGCAGACGUCAGUGUUUCACGGACGGAGCGGAUCUGGUGACCAUCAGCAGCCGGGAAGAAAUGGUGUUUCUGAAUGAGCUCGGAGCUCAGAAGUUCUGGAUCGGCCUGAGGCAAAUGUCCCACAUAUCUGGAUGGAGAUGGACCGAUGGAAGUUCCCCAGAAACCAUGUACUGGCAGGGACAGGCGGCGCCAGAGAGCCGGUACAGAACCCAGAGCUGUGCAGCUUUUAACAGUUUUUGGGCCCAUCAGUGGGGCACCAUCAGGUCGUGGAGCACUGAGCUGUGUUCGCAGCAGCUGCAGUGGGUCUGUGAGAAAAAAGCUGCUUCUGGACUUCUGUAACAGAAACCUUUAGACAUGGAGCAAAGUUCUGGUUCUGCAUCAUGCAGAUGCUGAUUAUUAGACUGUGUUGUGUCAUUAUGCUUCACUGAAUAAAACCUACUUUUUAUGGAGAAGUCUGCAGGUGUCAGUGA